AUGAAGCUCACCUACUUUCCCAUCCGAGGUAAGUGUCAGGGCCUCAAGGUCUCCACUGAGCCCAUCAAAACCUUCGGCCUCCGCAUCCCGACCUCGUUGCGAAACCCCCACAUUCCUCGACCGUCCUAACCUUCUCUCCCUCCGAUUCCACAGGUCGAGCCGAGCCGAUCCUCCUCCUCCUUAUCGAUUCCGGGACCGAGUUUGAACACGAAAUCAUUCAAUACACGGUGCGCAACUCCCACCGAGGCACUCUGCUCCUCGCUCAGGAUCCUCACCCAAUGACCGACGAUAUGACGUCGACCUCACGUAGACUUGGGGUGAUUUGAAAGCCAGAGGCGAGAAUGGACCGCCCAGUACGUUCGCUCUUCUCUUCAAGGAUGCAGCUGUUCUAGAUCACUGAAAAUGCUUUGACUUUACACAGACUUCCCCUUUGCGGCCUUGCCCGUGCUCACCUUUGGCCACGGAGCUCGGGGAGGCAAUGAUACCAAACUCGCCGAGACGGGCGCUAUCCUCAUGUUCCUUGAAGGUUAGUCGGGGGUUUGAUUCCGAAGAGAUGCGAGGAUGCUGAUGUCUUCUUUCAUGUGUAGGCAAACUCGCGGCUGCUGGAACGUCGCCGGUAAGCUUCCGGGCAGAAAAAGAUUUUUUGGACCUCCUCGGAGCGAAUCUGAUCUGACAGCAGCUACUCUUGCUCCCACACAGAGUCCGCCCGACGCCAAAGCCGUACGUUCCAAUCACCACGCCUACUACUACUCUCCUCCACGCUCUUCACUGCUAACCUCCCCUCUCCUCCCCACAGCGUCUCGAAAUGAUACGCUGUGCCUCGUCCUUCCUUCUGACCCGUCUCUUCUCCCUCGUCUCCCCGACCUGGCUCGAACCCGCCUCACGAACGCACCUGCUACGUUCCUUGAUCCACCCGUACCUCUCCUCCCUCUCGCACCACCUCAGUUCAAGUUUCUUCCCGCCUCUCCUAACCCGUCCCCUGACGAACGGUCAACCAGGCACCUCAUUGAGUCCUGCCGCGGCGACGGCAUAUACCACCUUGUGCUUGAUUCAAGAAUUAUUCCCUCGCUCAUUGGGACCGGGUCAGGAAGGUGGUAUGAUGAAGUUUUUCCCACGAUGUGAGGAAUUACGGACGUCGGUCGAUCAAAGACCGAGGAUAAAGGAAUGGAUCGCGAGUGGGAAAAGGGAGGUCGAAUGGACGACUCGUAGCGGAGGGGAGUUGAAAGUGAUCAAGGAGAUGGCGGAUAAGUAUGAUCGGGUCGAAGAGGUGGAGGAGUUGUUUGGCCAUGGUAAGGAGGGGAGAGGGGAGAGGGUCGGGAUGGAGGGGGUGAGGGAGGAGGUCGAGUUGGAUACGGGUGUAUAG